CCUGCACGAUGCUGAGCUCAGGUCUUCCUCCCGUUCUCCUGGUGCUCUCAGUGCUGGAGCUGAGCUGGUCCCUGAGUGAUGAAGAAAAGAAAAUCAUCUUGGAUGAGCAUAAUAGAUAUCGCUCCCAGGUCUCUCCUCCUGCCAAGGCUAUGAUGAAGAUGACCUGGGACAAGGAGCUGGAGGUCCUUGCUCAAUCCUAUGCAGAGAAGUGCAUCUGGGAUCACAACAAGGAGAGAGGCCGACGGGGAGAAAACCUCUUUGCUAUGGCCCCAACCCUGGAACUAGAAUUUGCUGUGGAAGACUGGAAUGGGGAGGAGAAAUUCUACAACUUGACAACAUCCACGUGUGUCCCCGGGCAGAUGUGUGGUCACUACACCCAGGUGGUCUGGUCAAACACACAUCAGAUUGGCUGCGGGGCACAUUUUUGUGAGAAGAUCGAUGGAAUUGAAACAGAGAACAUGCACCUACUUGUUUGCAACUAUUAUCCCCCGGGUAACAUGAAAGGCAAAAAGCCCUACACGGAAGGACCCUCGUGUGAAACGUGUCCCACGGGCACAGUCUGUGUGAACAACCUGUGUGCAGGUGCCCUGGACACAGAAGAACUGGAGACAAACUCGGACCAGACAAGUGUGGAUCCACCCAAAGGUGGAGCCCCCAGUACCUGCUUGGGGCUUUCGCUCUUCCUCCUCCCCAGUGCCAUCCUGGUGGGCCUUCUGCUCUGAAGGGUCUUCCUCAGCUGUCCCUGCACCCCUCACCAAGGCUUUUGUCAGCACUGGUUAUUCCACAGCCCUGGUAGGCUCAGGAGACUCCUUGGACAAUUCACACGCUCCCUCCUUACGCUGCCUUCUCUGCUGCAGCCCCGGCGAGCCAAGGGCAGCUGGCAGUCCCAGGGGAACUUUGUCCCCUUCCUGAGGAGACCUGAGGGCAGGAGGGUGUUUGCCAUAAUGCUGGUGACCUUGGACGCUUCUCCUUUUUCCUGGCUUCUGUUCCAUUUCCAGGCUGGAAGUGUUGAGCUCUCCCACGCACCCACAAACCCGUCUGGCUGGCAGGCCCUGCCACAGCGUGACCCUGGGGACAGAGGGUGACUUGGGGACAAUGAGACAUGGUGGUUGGCUUUGGUGUUUGUAGAUGAGACAUGGUGGUUGGCUCUGGUGUUUGUCAGGAUGAGUUUCCAGCAGAAAUGCUCUUUUCCUUUCCAAUGUGUUUCAGUUUUGGACAUAUGUUAUCUCUUUCCUUUUUCGUCUAAAUAGAGUGGCUUUUUUGAGGAUUUCUGUUUCCCCCUGGUUGUGGUGUAGCUCUGGCCAGUACUACCCAGCUGAUCCCCCCUCUCCUCCUCACACUCUGCAGCCCUUGCCUCCUCCCUCUCUUCUCCUCCCUCUCUUGCUGUCUGGCACAUGUCUCAUUCCUCCCCCCGUUACUCCAAUGCCACAGAUUUAUUUUACACGUGUGCCUGCACCUGUGUGCACGCACAGAAGAGAAACCUUCAGAGCUGAGAGAGGCCACCAGCUCCUUCAUGUAGCUUUUAUCUGCAUGGCUUCAUUCUUUGCAUAAUUUCUGUGUAUUUGAAUUAGGAUACAGAUUCCUCUUGACACGUAACUUGUGCGUGUGCGGUCAAGGAGAACAAGUCCCCACAUGUGUUGGUACAAUUGGAGCUCCAGACAUACAAGUGACAUUGUUAGAAGUUAUUGGUGGCUCCUGGGCUUGUUGCAGUAGCACUGACAUUGUCUGGGCCACUGUGUUUUGUUACCCCACAUCUCUCCUCCCUUCACCUGAGGAUUCCCAGUCUGGUGCGUUAAAUAUGUGACAAGUUUUGCAGACAGGUGGAAGGAAGACAACAGCCCCCUCUCUGGUCAUUGCAACUUUUCAUUUCUUACGGAUGAGGUGGAGGAUAACCUGCAGGCCAUUAUUCAGAUCCUCCACUGCUGCUCUGUCCUGUGCAUCCCCAGAGCAUGCACUGAAUAAAUCCUGUUGUGAAAAUCUGUUCGCUGUCUCUCUGGGGAAUCUGGACACCUGGGAGCAACUUAUUAUACCUGUAAAAUGCUCUUAAUUAUGUGCUUACCUGGAACUGAUAAAAGACAGCAUGACUUCCGUGGGUCCUGAACAGGAUUUUUGGCUUUCCAAAAGCAUCCAUGUGCUGCUUUUUGUAAGGGUGUAACUUAAUGUUUUUAAACUUGUGUAAAAGCAGCAGGAGGCUAUGGGGAUUGAGGAUGACAAAGGGAAUUUUUCUUGAGCAUCCAGCUGAGUGUAAAGUAAAAAUGUGUCCUCAUCAGGAAUUCUAGGGCAAGGGAAGCAAGAGAA